GAGGGGAGGGGGCGGACUACAGCUCCCGCCGGCCCCGCGGCAGGGCGGCGCUACCUGUCCCGGCAGGGCAGCGCCGGCAGGUGAGCGCCUGGCACCGGCUCCUUCCUCGGGCCUGCGGCUCCUCCUCCUCCCCCGCCUGGCCGCAGGCCCGCCCGGCAGCCGCGAUGCCGUUCCCCAGCUCCGGCGCGGACGAUGCCUUCGACUACCUCUUCAAGAUCAUCCUGAUCGGCGACUCCAACGUGGGGAAGACGUGCGUGGUGCACCGCUUCAAGACGGGGCAGUUCAACGAGAAGCAGCAGAACACCAUCGGCGUCGACUUCACCGUGCGCUCCAUGGACAUCGACGGCAAGAAAGUAAAGAUCCAAGUGUGGGACACAGCCGGUCAAGAGCGCUUCCGGACAAUAACCCAGUCUUAUUACAGGAGUGCCCAUGGGGCCAUCCUUGCCUAUGACCUUACUAGGAGGUCCACAUUUGAAUCCAUUCCUCACUGGAUUCAUGAAAUUGAAAAGUAUGGUGCUGCAAACUUGGUCAUGAUGUUAAUUGGGAACAAAUCGGAUUCUCUGGACAAGCGCCAAGUGCUGUUUGAAGAUGCCUGCACCCUGGCAGAGAAGCACGGGCUCUUAGCUGUGCUGGAAACGUCAGCCAAAGAAGCUCAAAACAUAGAAGAGGUGUUCACAUUAAUGGCUAAGGAGCUGAUAGCCCGAAAUACCUUACAGCUUCAUGGGGAGAACCCUCCCAACAGCUUCAGUCUGGACUCCAGGCCAGUGGUUGCCAGUCCAAGUGUGGAGAAGAGCCAGUGCUCCUGCUGAAGAGAGGCUUCAGGGAGAACUUGGAAACUGCCAUGCUUCUGAGGCUGUUUGAUUCAGUUUUGUUCAGUUGAUGAAAGUGUUUUAUGUGGCCUCAAGCCAUCUCUCUUGAUAUUUCUACCUUGCAGUUUGGCUUGUGAGUAUUUUCAGAGAUCACUGUUGUUGUUGGUAGCAUAGGUUGCUUUGAACAUAGCAAUGUGAACUUCUGAGAUGAGACAACUCAGGAAGCUGCCAGGCCUUGCCCUAACCAAAGAGAACUAUAAAAGUUAUUGCCUUUAAUUAUUUCCUUACAUGUCUUUCUGGCUGUGUCAGAAGAUAAAUUUGCACCAGAGUUCUGCACUGACCCUUCUAAGCUGUGUUGCUGGUUUUCAGCACUUUCCUCUCUGCUGGUAGCUGUAAAAAGUCUGAGGCAUGCUUGGACAGCACUAACCCACUCCUGCCUAAACUUUGAUUUAGGAGCUCUCCGGAGGUCAGGCAGGUAGCCACCCAUGCCAAGGAGCUUAAUAACAUUUGUGAAGGGGUAGAGGAUUUCACAUCUGCCCUGAGUUCCUCACCAGACAAACCUGGAGACAUCUCAGGGGUGGCACAGCAGGCAAGAAUAUGAUACACUUCUUCCUGGGGUGAGAAAAGUUGCCUUUCUUUGCUUUGUAAUAGUCAGGAUUAUUUCCAGUACUGUUCUCCAUCCUGCUACAUGGACUUGCUGGGACAGCAAAGCUUCCAGUGAAAGAACCCUUUUUUUUUCAUUCCUCCCUGAUAACCUCAUCUUGCUUUUGAUGUGCUGAUUUUAACCAAAAGCCUUCUGUAUCUUGUGUGAUGGGCCAAUGGCAGCUUGAGAGUAUCCCUGUAGAUCUUCAAGGGAGUGUGAAGGAUGGAUGCAAGCUCUUGUAAAACUCAGCAAGGGGUGAGAUGGUUUAAAUUAGGCAAAAAGUUGAAAUUUACAUUGUUAGAGUGUUAAGGCAAGGGUGUGGGGUGCAGCAGAGCUGCCCUAGGUGAGUAUAUCUGCUGCUGCACUCAGUGGAGACUGAACAUGGUGGUAGCAAUGGAAGGUUUUGGAUUGCUCCUCCCAGUCACAAGCUCUGCUACUUGGGGCUCACUUUUCUGAAUACCUGAACUGAAUGAAGGGUAUGGGCUGGGUUUUUUUUGGUGAAGGUUUUGAGGUUGUUUUUUUUCCUGUUGCUUGCAAGUUUUUUUUCCUAGUAGAUGGAAACAGGGAAGGAGGAAAGAAAUGUCAGAGGAAGUUUUUUUUAUGACAGUCCACAUGUACCAAAGUGUAUCAUUUAGUUACUGUUAAGCUAUGAACUGCAACUCCAACUCUGUAAUGAUAAAACACAGUUUGUGUUACAUGCAAAGCAGCCUUGGGAAGGCUGGGGUGUUGCCAGCUUACCCAAUGGCUGGCUGCCCCUGUUUCCUAAGUCCUUGAAAAAUAGAGAAAAACAUGUAGCAAGUAUUGCUGGAAAAUCUUGUCUUAGAAGCACAAAAAAAUAAAGGAGAAUGAAUAAUUAAGUAAUAGUCUUGGAAAUAUUUCUGAUGUUCUUAAUGCUUCCUCUGGCCAGGUUCUUUGCUAUUCCAUGCCAAGGGCAGGGGUUAAUUCAGCUCUGUGUAAGCUCAGGGAGGAACCUUCCAUGCUUCCCUCUUGCCAUAGCCUGCUGUGGAGAAAGCUUCAUCUUCAGGCAUCCUCCUUCUCAUGUUCGCUUUUUAAAUCUUUAUUCCUUCUUCAUUUUUACUAGCCUUGUAGUUGCAUUUUGGUUUGCACAUUGAAGCAAAUACCAUAACCUUUCACAGUGGUGAGCCAGCUUCCAAACAACUAGUUUCUACAGCUCUUGUUACUGCAAAAGCAGUCAAAUGCAAGCUUAAUAUUUCUAUUCCUGGUAGUAGUUUGUAAUCCAUAAUUUUUACUCUUUUGUUUUUUUUUUUUUAGUAUCGUCCAGAAGACUGCAAUAGAGAAAGUAUUGCUUUCCUCUCCAGUUACAAUCUUUCACUGGUCAAGAAUUAGAGGAAGGAUGGUAGCAGCAGAGUGUUAACUUUCCAUGGUUCAUUGGGUUUACCACCUUAAUUAGCCACUGCUGUGCAGGCUGUUGUGCUCUGAGUGCCCAGCACUGCCAGCUUUCAGGGCUCUUGCUGUUCCCUGCCCGCACACGUGGAGCUGCUGGCAAAGCCAGACCUUCUUGGCAAAAGCUGUGCAAUUCAGGAUCAGGGAGAACAGGCUUGUGACUGUUCCCUUUCCUUUAACAGGUCUAACAGCUUCCUGCUCCUCCAAGAAACUUAGUCUUAGACACCUACCCAUUGUGCAGCUAAGCCAGGAGCGUGACCACUUUUGGUUGGUCCUGUUUGUGUUUUCCACAAGGCCUUUGGGCAGUUACACUGAGUGGUUUCCACAGAGCUGCUUUUCCAGCUGUCCUCCCAUGAGUGAAGAGCAGCACUUGCUCACAAGGUUCUUUGGAGUACAUUGGUAAUGCUGUUACUUGAGAGGUAAUACAGGAAGCUGUGAACUUUAAAAAAAUCCCCUUAAAAUUUAAAAAAAUGCCUGUUAUUCUAGACUGUGAGAACCACUAGAUCAAAAUACAGGCUCAGCAUAAUCUCUGUGGUUCUGCCUUUCCCCAUCAGAGAGCAGAUGGAAACACCCAGCUAUGACAAGGCAAAGUAGCACUAACUCCUAUGGAGCCUUCUGUUAAUGGUUUGUUCCCCAGAUCAUAUGCAAAUUCCAAGUGCAUCUUGACAGCAUCAGUAAUGCAUUUGUACAAAGGGUUAUAAGGUUGUUUACAAAGCUAUUUUUGAAACUACUACUGCCCCACAGGUUUCAGUUUCAAGAGCUACACAUUCAGCUUGAAGAUGAGCUCAUUUGUUAAGUUCUUAUCUACUGGGAAAAAGCAUUUGAAUCUUUGCUAUGGCACAUUACUUUGCACUGGUGUCACAGCCAGGCCAGAUGAGAAGAAGCAUUACCUCUUGGUGGAAUAGGGUAAUAAAAAUAAUUAGAAAAAUUUUAAAUGUACCAAACUUGACACUUCCCAGAAGCUGGCUAGUUAAAAGCCACCACAACCCAGCAGCCCAGUGAUGUAGAAGGCACACAGCACUGCCUAUGUGGUCCAGCUUUGCUUUAUGUGCAGGAGACAGGCUCUCAGUUACAAAAGCUGAGACUCUUAUCUAAUCAUUCCAGUUAAUGUUUAAGUAUAGUUGGAAGGGAGACAAUUUUCAGAUGCUGAACAGAGGUGGAGCACUCUAUCCUGGAGCCUUCUUUCAGGAAGAAGAUGCCUGUGAUUUUGGACAAGGAACUGGAAGUGAAGCUCCCCCAGCCAGGUGAGUGCUCCAACGGCAGCGCUGUUACAGGUGCCCCUUCCCCAACAGGCAUUUUCCUGGCUCUCAGCUCCCAGAACCCACAGCUGCCUGCAGGUGUGUGGGAGGGGCCCAAACAGUCAUUGCUCAGCAAACUGGCUCCUGAAAUAAUUUUCAAGCACCACUUUUAAGCAACUGUGUUGAGAACUAGAAUUACACCAACAGGCAAUGCUGGGAUAUCACACUCUUUCGAGAAUAGUUCUAGACAGGCCAAGAGCCCCUUUGUCCUAAGAGUACUUCACCUUGAAACAGGAAUUAAAAAAAAAUCUUUAGAAGGACUUUUUCUAAAGCUGCUGUUGUAAAUCAACCUUCACACAGCUGCCUGCACAGCUUCUGUGGAUGCAUUCACAUCAAGCUGUUGUCAAGCAGGGCCUGACAGUGAGUGACAAACAGCACACCCAUGUGUAACCAGAGUUGAGCAUAUUUACAAUCCUGCAUUUCCUUGCUACUGUUGUGUCCAUGAACAUCACUGCUUAUAGUUUUCACUCCUAAGUCUAGUUUUGCUAACCUGAAGUGAGGCUCACCACAACUACAGUUUAAUGCCUUUCUAAUGCUAGCAAUUAAACUGACUUUGUAGUUACUUGA